CUUUCCUACAGCGCGGGCUGCUCAAUAAUUUUAAAAGGUCCAAGCUUAGUUAGCAGUUGAUGACGACAGAUUCUACUAGGACUCCAUUAGGACACAAACAUGCAGCAAGGAAUAAUGUCAACUCUUGCCUUCCCAGCCACUCGGUCGGUUCUAUGGGACGACACCUCAAAGGGCGAGACAGUGCGAUUGCAUUUGACUGCGCAGAGACCGUUGGCGUUGACAAUCUUUGGAAGGACGCUUUCUUUAGCUGAGAGGCACGCUUGUCGAUCGAGAAGUGUGCCGUUUUAUGGUUUUCUUAUUGGACACUCGUUGGUGUCUUCAGAAGACAACAGCCUCGUUAUUGCCAUAGAUCGUUUUGACCCUGGUAAACUACUCAAAGAGUGUGGAGAUCAGACGAGGAAGUUGCCAACUGCUGUUGUUCCAGGAGAUUAUGUAGUGCCAGUUACGAUGUGGAAGGAGAGAGUGAAUGACCGAUUGGUAAUGGUGUUUACUGGGUUUCAGUACAAGGAAGCAAUUCAGAUGCUACACGAGAACUGCUACGGUGGUUUAUCGUUGAAUCUCUCUGACACGUUUGCUAUCCGCUGCUCGUGUACAAUGUCUGCUAGAGAAUCUAAAGAGCUAGAAUUAUGCGCUGAAGUUGUUUUACUCGAAGACGCUUUUCAAGCAACGCCGGUCUCAUCCAUUCCUGUCAUCCAGACUGCACUAGCAAGGGCUCUGACAAGUCCAACCGGCCUUACACAAAUCAACGGAUUGCCAAAAUGCGGAUACAUGACUAUGGAUCAGACGCGGAAACUGCUUCUGUUGCUUCAGACGGAUCCUAAGGCAUCGAGUCUGCCGUUGGUCGGAGUCUGGAUGACUGGUGUUGAUGAUGUCACUCAUCCGGUUGUGUGGUCUGCAUGCACACACUUUAUACACAACAUGAACCUCGCUGAACGGGUGCUGACUACUGCUGGAAAAUUUCUGUUGGCGUUGUAUCCUCAAUCUAAUCCAAGCAAAUUGGAAUUUUGGAGCUGUGGAUUGAUGACAGAUAGUCCUUUUGUCAGUCUUCACAGUUGCUGUGAGAGAGUACAUCUGGAUGACGCCGUUGAUGAACCCUUUCUAUUUGAGUUGAUUCCAAGCAUUGAAGGUCAACACGUUAAACUUUUCACAGACACAUUAACUGGACUCCAGUUACACCAUUCAGUGUCGUCAAGCAAUGAGCGAAAUUCUGUCACUUAUGAGAGUUUGCCGCGGCCUCAACCUUGUCAACCAAUUAUGCUGUCAAACAAUACGCCUGCUCUGUCCAGAAUCUGUGACCUGUCUCUGUGCACUGAAGAGGAGGCAGAAGUCAAACAACAACAGCAGCAGCAACAACAACAGCAGCAGCAACAACAGCAGCAGCAAACAGCUCUUGAGAGUGGUGCACUCCCGGUUAGGUUGGCACUUCAAUCUGUCAGCUGUGAAAACAAGUCUGACCGUACAUCUUCUCCAGUCGAAAUGACCAAACAGCCAACACCUACAAGUAACACUCCAUCAUCUGAAGAGAAAGAGAACCAAUCGGUCAACAUGAGCACGAAAUCCAUAGCAUCAAAUCGUGUGUUUGUAAAACGUACCACCGAUGAUUCUGCAGGCUCUUGUGAUGAGGAUAACCCUCAAUCCAGUUUGGUUGCUUGUCAGCUGUUGAAGCGGCAAGAAGAGCAGUUAAAACAAAUGCAGUUACAGAUUGAGAUGCUGUUGAGCGCUCAAAACGGCUCCACUAUACACAAUCAUUCACAUCAACCAGCACACUCAGAGCAGCUAAACAACACUCAAAGACAUUCUGCUGUCUCUACUAUGCCUGGAAAGACAUCUGUCAGCACUAACACUGGAAAGAGCUUACUGUGGCAUCCAAAUCAAUCAUCGGAUGACACAACAGAGCACCGCGAGUGCGUUGAUUCGGUGGAUAACAGUUUGGUGGAAGAGCUGAGUCCAUUGUCUAGCUGUAUAUCCAUUCAUCAGGAAGGGGAAAGAACACACAGCAUUACGUCGUCGGUACACGCAGUUGACCUGCAGAGUUUCAAUGGCGAUGCUACAGAAAUGAUGUCAAGCUCAGCGACGAGAGACAAAGUACCAGGUUCACUAAGCCAACUCAGCAGUCCGGCGUUUGGCGAGAGUGCCAGUCAGGCUUCGUUUGUGUCUGAUUCUCGGACAGAGCCACUGGAUGAGGGAAACGACAACCCAAGUGGAGACGACACCACAGAGGACGUGUUUCACAACAUGCUGGAUCGAAUUCAGGUCUUCCUGAAGGAGCAGCACUGUCCUGUGCAACAAGAACAACUCUCUUCACAGGCAUCUGUAUGUCACGAACGUCAAUCGUGUCAUAGAAAUCCCGAUGCUUCAAACAAGUCGACACUCUGCAGUGGAGUUGGUAUGGACAAAGAUGCGGUCAUGAAGGUUUUGUUUGGAAAUCCGAAGAAACAACAAAUAGCACUUCCGCAUCGUUCUGGAAUUCCAGUCAUCAGCGGACAUCCUCAGAUCAACUACAUGUCGCUGUCGGUCAGUGAGAUGAUGGACGAAACGUUUGACGUUUCUGACGUGAUUGCUUUACAAUAUCUCACAAACGUAUCGCGUCCAGACUUGAUGCAUGUCGUCGGCAAUCAGCAUUUGAAUGUGACCGAGUUGAUGAAACUGGCAUCUCUAGAUCAUCGACAGACAUCUGUUCACAUGGAUGGUUCAGACUCAUUCUAUGAUCGUCAUUUAUCGCUGGCGUCGCGCCAGUACUUGCAGAGGCACAAUCUUAUGCCUCCAAACGAAGAGAACUACACGACAGAAAGAGGGGCUACUGCCUGUCAGCAUUCUGUUGGUGACAACACAGACAAGACAACAAGCGAACGAAGUGAACAUGUGUUGGACAUUCAGAGGCUGAAAAAUCUUCCGAAAUUGUUUUAAUUACUAGGUAUAACGAGAAAAAUAUAAUCAAUGCAAUGCA